AUGCAUAAAGGAUGGAAAAAGUACUGCGGCCAGAAGUCUCUGAAUGAGGCAUCAAUGGAUGAGUAUUUAGGCAGUUUAGGGCUGUUUCGAAAGGCUGUUGCCAAGGAUGCCUCUUGCCUCUUUCGUGCUAUUUCUGAGCAGUUGUUUCACAGCCAGAUCCAUCAUUUACAUAUCAGGAGAGCUUGUGUCUCAUAUAUGAAGGAAAAUCAACAAGCUUUUGAGUCUGACGUAGAGGGAUCUUUUGAGAAAUACCUGGAACGGUUGGGAGAUCCUCAGGAGAGUGCUGGCCAGCUGGAACUAAGAGCUCUUUCUCUAAUUUACCAUCGAGAUUUCAUUCUAUAUCGUUAUCCUGGAAAGCCACCAACUCAAGUCACAGAUAAUGGCUUUGAAGACAAGAUUCUUCUCUGUUAUUCAAAUAAUGGCCAUUAUGAUUCUGUAUAUUCAAAAGAAUUUCAAUCAACUGCAGGAAUUUGUCAAGCUAUAUUAUAUGAACUUCUUUAUAAAGACGUAUUCGUUGUGGAUGAAGAAACAUUGAAAACUGCAGUUGAUUUGUUUCGAAGUGGUUCUAGGAGAAACAGACACAAUGCUUUGACUGGAAGUAUAGAAGGCAGUACUGAUCAAAAGAGCUCAACCCAAGAGAGAAUCGAAGAGGUUGGUGCCUGUUCUAGUGUCCCAAGUACACUAGAUGGCAGUAAACAAGGAACAGAACAACAAAAGGUUCCAGAAAAUCCAUCAAAGAUGCUGUUUCCCUAUAAGGUACUGAAAGGUCUGGAUCCAGAAAUCUAUCGCAACAUAGAAUUUGAUGCUUGGUUGGACACUAGAAAAGAACUUCAAAAAUCAGAUUGCCUGGAGUAUGGUGGAAGAUAUUACUAUUUAGGAGACAAGUGUCAGGUUUGCAUGGAACCAGGUGGAAAAUAUUAUAAUGCUCACAUUCAGGAAAUUGAUAAUGAGAAUACCUCGGUCUUAGUUUUCAUUGAGGAAUUUGCAGAAAGGCAUUUAAUUCCGAUGGCCAAUGUAAAACCAGUCAACCAAGUGGCACUUCUUCCUACCUGGAAUACUAUACCAGUUCGCAGCGGAAGAGGUUACCAGACUAUAAAUGGAGCCUAUUUCCCUGAAAUAGUUAUGACAGACAUGAAUGUGAAGCAACGAAAGAAGAUGUUCAAGAAAUUUCGAGGGAAAGAGAUUUAUAUGACCAUGGCAUAUAGCAGGGGGGACCCCAUUGUCCCACCCAGGAUUCAGCGUAGUAUGCAUUAUGGGCAUGACCCUCUACUGUACUACUCACAGACAGCUGGACAAAUUAUGUCUAGUGAACAUUUUUACCCUCAACAUUCAUCUCAAAGACAAGGUCGGGGAUAUGGGGUGCCCAGGGAUUCAUCUCACUUAGUAAAAAGGCAAAACAUGCCAAAUCCUAAAGUUGGGAUUUACCCUGGCCCGGGCAAAAAAUGCUGCCAGAGCUAUGAUAAUGUCUCUUAUAGGUCUCGUUCUUUUAGGCGUAGCCAUCGUCAGAUGCAUUGUAUGAAUAAGGGAUGCCAAUAUGGUUUUGCUCCAGAGAAUGGAGUGGAAGAAACUGUUACAUUUUAUGCACUUGAAGAAGGGAAUGAGACUGCUUAUUCAUCUUUACCUAACAAUGCUGGUCCCACUGCAAUGGUCCCUGCUACUUCAGGAUACUGUGCUGCAAGGCAGGACUAUACUUCAUGUAAACAGACUUCGAAUUCAGAAGACAGUAAUGACCACUGUGAUAAUGGAGGAUAUCAUGGAGAUUAUCUUUAUUCUUCAGAACAAGGCUAUGAAACUUCCAGUGUGUAUACCACAACUGUAUCUACAGCUAACCUGUCUCUUCAGGACAAUGGACCAUGUUCUGUGCCUCAAGACACAGUUACCUCAUACAACUAUCCCCAAAAGGUGUUGGAAAAUUCUGCAGCAAUUGCAGUUUCUUGGGCCAGCCAUGUUCCAGUUCCAGUUCCAGUCACAGUCAUUUCUAACUGUGCAGGAGAUAAUCAAGCUAUUAGUACCUCUGAUGUUUCCUCACAGAAUGCCAUACAACCUGUCUUUGUACCUCCACUCCCACAAGACAGUCCAGCCUAUCUUCAGCCUUCAGCAGCAGCAGCACCACCAGUGGCAACACCGGUGGCAGCACCACUACCACUGCCACCUCCAUUGCCUCCUCCUCCUGCCACUCCUCUUGAAGCAGGAGAUGCUUCAGGGUUUCCUCUUCCACCACCGCCGCCGCCUUAUUCCUAUGAUCCAAGUGGAAGUGAUCUCCCCCAAGUCAAUACAAACAUUUAUUCCUCUUCUUGGUUUCAUAUUUUGCUGGUUCCAGAUCUUGGCCUUUAUACAAAAGUUUUGCAGUACUAUUUCAAUCUGGGAUUGCAGUGCUAUCAUCACAACUAUUGGCAUUCCAUGGUCUAUAUGCCACAUGUGCAGCAGCAGCAGCAGCAGCAGCAGCAGCAGCAGCAGCAGCAGCAGCAACAACAACAACAGCAGCAGCAACAGCAGCAGCAACAGCAGCAGCAACAGCAGCAGCAACAGCAGCAGCAGCAGCAGCAACAGCAGCAGCAGCAACAGCAGCAGCAGCAGCAACAACAACAACAGCUUCAUGGAGAGGGUUAUCCAGAUUGUACUGAGCAACCCCUGGUAGACCAAAGCGUUCCUCCUGUGUACAGCGAUGUGGCAAGAGCAGAUGGUGCACACACAGAUAUAUCAACAAAUGAUACUUUUCCCAUUGCUGAUGCUGUACCUGUCCCUCAAGGAGCAGUCUACUAUCCAGUAAUGGCAGAUCCCUAUGGAUCUCCUUUGUCAGGUUUUGAUUCCUACAUGCCUGUUGCAUCAGAUUAUUCCAGUAUUGCCAUGUGGCAUCCAGUUGGUGCAGCAUAUGGUGCUUCUACACAAAUCCAUGGUGCUAUAAAUCCCGGGCCAAUUGGCUAUAUGAUUCUACCUAACUCACCUCAGUAUACACCUCAGAAUUAAGAUUUGGCAACAUCAAAUACUUUUGCUGCCAUUUUUACUGUUAUGGUUCAUAAAUGUCUUACAUUAGUUCUUAAGUGGUUUAGUUGAAAAGAAUGUUCACUCUAUCUUUAAAAUUAUUUUACUUUUGAAGUAAAAUAUUUCUUUAAAACAAAGACAUACUACUUUUUGUUAUGAAUAAGAAAAUUGCAAUGAAUGUACCACUGGUCCCUAUAAUGGGCAAGUUCAUUGGAGGCAGCUUCCUGUUAGCUAGCUUAUUAAAAUUGUAUUAACUGAUGGUGCCAAUUGAUAAAAGGAAGGAAAACAUAGAAGCUAUUUUCUUAUAUGAUACAUCUUAAUCAAUUAUUUAAAGUUAGUGUGAUUUCCAUUUUUCAAAACAUUUAAGAGACAAAGCAUUCAGCCUGUGCUCCUGGGUAUUUGUUUAUAUUAAAUGAGACCUUUUCAGGUUUCUUUCAGAAUUGUCAGAACUGAAUUGCAAUCUGAUAUUAAGCAGUUUUGAAGGCACAUGGUGUUCUGCUUUCCAUUUCUCACCAUAUGGUAUUGUUUAAUACUGGAUUUACAGAACUGUCCUACUGCACAGUAUUACAGUAUCCUUUGCACAAUUUGCAGUAAAUAAAAACUAGCAUUUAAAAUUGCCAAAA